AUGUCUUCUACCAGACUCAUUCCUCUGUGGAAGGAUUUUAAGUACUCCAUAAGUGAAAUCGUACACGAUCGACAGCUAUCUUUCGAUGACUCAAAGAGGGAUCUAGUUGUGCUGAGUGACCGGCCCCAGAUAUUGUUCAAAGAGUCUCGCUAUCCUCACAAUAUGCCACUUAUAUGCUAUUACUUCAAUGAUGCCUACUUCUUUGCCUCCCUCUCUUGGGUAACAUCAAACACGAAAGAAGUACAGGCUGUAUUAUGGAUGAAAAACAAAACUGAUGACAUGGUUGAGAAGAAAACAUUCUCCAUGACUGAACGAUUGUUGCCCAUUCAGUCCAUCGUCCACACAGGUUCCUUUCAUAUCAUCGUGGCUUACUGCGGUGACAUGAUUCUGCGGCUCUUUGGGGACCACUUCCGAGCAUUCAAACCCCUAGAUGUAGUGCCGUGCCGCUUCAACAUCAGCUGCCUCUGCUAUGACCCGGAAAUGAAGAUGCUUUUGUCUGGCAUUUUGGGGGCAGUAGUCACUUGGAUCAUUGAGCGAAGUGGCAAGGGCCUCCAAAUAGCCUACAUCGUUUCUAUGCCUGGUGAGGAGCUUGUCCACGACAUUGUGCUAAAUGGCCCCAAUGGCUCCGUCCUAGCCCUGUGUGAGACUGUGGUGAGGGUCCUUCAGCGUCAGAGCCAGGGCCGGCUGGCAGAGAUAAAGAGGUUCAUUUCCAGCAGCAGUGGCUCCUCUAUCACCUGCUGCUUCUCCUGUUCUGAUCAGGGCUUUCUCUAUGCUGGAAACAAGGCUGGAGAAAUCCAAGUAUGGAACUUUGCUCAGGGCCAAUCUCUCCACAGUUUCAAGGCCCAUCACUCAUCGGUGAUAUGUAUCCACAGUCGGCCAGAGGCCCACACUCUGCUAACGGCUGGCAAAGAAGGCCUAAUUAAAGAGUGGAACCUUACUUCAGGGAACCUGCUUCGGCAGCUAGAACUUAGCGAGGAGCUUUGCCAACUCCAGUUUAUUGACGGCAUGACUUUCUUCUGCCAAACCAUCCAUAGUUUUUCCUUGCGCCGCCUGCCCUGUUUCUAUAGUCUCUUCAAUGUCUGUGGUUCUGCUCCCCAGCAGCUACGUCGGGUCCGCUGUGGAGAUAACUGGUUCCGGAUCCUGUGCACUACUGAUGAUGGCUUAUUGCGCUUUUUGUCCCCAGUAACGGGGAAUCUUCUAACUCUUACCUGGCCAUUCCCAAUCCUGGACCAGGCUGUAGACUGGGCCUAUGAUCCACAUAAAGAGGAGCUCUUUGUAGCAACAGGCAGUUCAGAGAUACUGGUGUUUGACACAACUCGCUGCCCUUGCCCAGCCAAGUAUCUCUUAUGUACUUCACCAAAUGAUGAGGACUUUGUACAAUGCCUAGCUUAUGGGCAUUUUAAUCUGGGGCGGGGUCUGGAAGGACUGAUAUUCUCUGGACACCGGAGUGGUAUGGUGAGAGUGCUAUCCCAGCACAGCUGUGCCCGAAUAGAGAAAUUCAUGCACUUUGGAGCUGUCCUGGCACUCUCUACGCUGUCUGGAGGGCUUUUUGGUGGUGGAGAAAACUCUUUCCUUUGUUCCUAUGGAAUGGAUAACUAUGUACAUCUGUCAGAAGCUGUGCUCAUUGGGGUCAGAGUACAACUCCAGCCCCUCGCCAGCAUUCUCAGCAGCUGCCACCUAACCCACCUGAUGCUUUUGCCCAAGUCCGUGUGUGCCAUCACAGAGACUAACUGUCUGCGUCUCUGGAAGUUCCACGAUUUUUUGUCCUCUGGAUCAAAGAAUGCCUCGUCGUUCUUAGAAACGUUGACUCUGCACCAGUGUACCAUCAUAUCCUUUGAUGUCUGUCUGUCCUUGAAUCUUUUUGUCACAGGUGGUAUUGAUGGCACUGUCCGGAUCUGGGACUUCCAUGGUAGACUUGUAGCCAUGCUGGACUCAUCACUGCACUUUGGCCCACUCUGUUUUGCAAAUGAUCGGGGUGAUCUUCUUGUGACUUUCAACCAGAGUCUUUAUCUGAUUUCCUGUUUAAAACUGUUUUCCCCAACCCUGCUGUCUCGACUUUCCUUUGUGACUAUAGCAGAUGAAAUAGUCGAAGUCCCUAAAUCCUUUAUACCAAGCUUCUUCUUCUCCUUUGAGACCAUGUUUGUGCCCAAGUAUGUUUACCCAGGGAAAGGGAAACAGGAAUUAAUGGGUCUGGUGAGCCUUGCCAAUAACCGGGCCAUUGCCUUUGACCAUUCUGUGCCGCAUGUCAUAGAAGAUGAGGAAGGGAGUCCAUUACUACUGUAUAACCCUGCACGUGAUCAUGAUUCUUUACAGGAGAUAGAAACUGACUGGAUGCAGACGAGCAAACUUGAUCAUCCCCGUUAUGAGGUUUAUCCCCAACUACAGGUAACUACCUGGGAUGGACUCAACCCAUAUCAGAUAUUGCGAUGCUACUUUGGUCAUGGGCGGGAAUGGCUCCUUGCCCCUGAUUGCUAUAUCCCCAACUCAGUGAUUCGUGCCCGUCUUUGGCCAGAGGGCAGCCCGAUAUUCCUACAGUGUACCCUGCACCCACCCCAACGGGAACUGGAAUGGGACAAGUCUCAACGAUUUUCCUUCUGGCGUAGCAGGGUAAAAUCUCUAAGAGAAUUAAGUGAACCUUCACAGAAGGAGGAUGCAGACUUCCUAGAAACAAGACUAUCUAAGGAUGUAACCUACAAUGUUUUUGCAGACGGAGAAAACCGAAGUUGGCUGGGGAGAAAGAUGAGUGAACAAGCUGUUAAUACCUUGCUUGAGACAGUCCUCAAUAUUAUGAUUCAUGCUUCCCCACUGAAAUACCAAUGCUGUGUUGGUGCGCUAGGGCAACUCUUUGCCUGUUACCAGAUGUCUCCAUUCCUGCGCUCUGAGACAGCCCGUCGUCUGCUGGAUGAUACAUCCAAUUCUAACCCACUGAUCCGAGAACUAGCCUGGGAAGGGCUGAAGCGUCUAGGAAUGAUUACUCAUCUUUUUGCUGUGCCUCUGGCUCAAGGAUUAAUGGACAAAGACCAAAGAGUGAGGACUAAGGCCUUGAACCUCAUGGAUGAGAUUGGUAUCCAAUCUAGGACCUCACUCUUACAGCUAAUGCAGAAAAGAGAGAUUUUCCGAGAGAUGCAGCAGGAGACUAUUGGGGAGGAACCACUGGACCGUUUGCUGGGCAUGCGACCCACAGAUCUCCAGAUUGUUCAGAAUCAAGUGGAGCAGCGAUUAAAUGAGGACCUGACCUUAUCACAACCAGAUGAAAAACGGGAUUUUUCUUUAGAUGCUUUAAGUGUUUGUGAACUUCCCAAGGAGGCUGCACAAACUUCCGUAGUUUCUGAAGAAUCUGAAGUGCCUAUCAAGCCCAUCAAAGGCCAUAGACGGGGCCGAGCAGUGAGCAAAAAGCAUAGCCGAAAAUUCUUGCGGCCUUCCAAGAAGAUAAAAGAAGGAGUCACAGAGACAGCUCCCUUAGCCGAUGAAAGUGAUCACGGUGAAACUGUACCAACUGAAAUUGAGGAAACUUUCAUCAAGGAAGGGUCAUCAGUCACCAGUAUAACAAAGGUCUCUGAGGCUCAAGACAAAGAUGUCUCAAGGAUUAAUAUUAUGUUGUCCCUGGAUAUGCUGAAGAAAGCACGGGACAAAAGAAGUAAGAAAGCAACAGCUCAGAAACCCCUAAAGAAGCGCAAGAAGUCAAGAAAAGAAGCUGAAGUUAAAAUUAUGGAAACUCCACCUCCUUCAGAGGAAGAAUCAGUUAUUCCAACAGUUACAACCAAAGGACGAGGUGCCGCUGGAAUACCUGGCCGCAGGGUUGCCUCUAGACAUGGCUCAUCAUGGCGGGAUGAUCUAUGUCGUCUUAUGACCCUGAGGAUUUCUGGGUCCCAGAGAAAAAUGUUAGAAGAUUUAAACAAUGAACUAGUGUCUGUAGCUCAGGAAAUGCUGGCAGAUCGGCAACCUAGCUGGGAACUCUUUCGGGAGAUCUGCCCCCUGUUGAAGAAAGAAAGCAAAGUUUCACUUGAGGACCUUGAUUGGGAGGUAGUCUGGCCAGGGGAAAAACCAGUUUUUAUCCAUGAAGAAGCAAUUAGAGAAGGCAUGGUGAUCAGUGAUGAGGAAAAGAUAGAAGAGGAACAAGCACAAGAGGAAGGGGAAGCAGGAGGCAUGCAGGACUUGGAGGAAACCCACAUGAUUCCAAGAAAAGGCAGGAGAAAGAAAGUUGGUUUUUUAGAACCAGGUGACCUAACCAAGGGGAAACGAAUAUCAAAGAAAGAAGAGAAGAAAUCUAAGAAGUCAUCUAAGCACCAUCUGGAAAAAAAAGUGGGUAAAAAGGUAAAGGAAAUUAGCAAAGAAGAAAGGGAUACAAGUGAGAAAAUGAAGGAAAUGGCCGAACCAGAGGGGGAAGAGGUUGAGGAAGAGGAAACACCAGCUAUGGAUGAGAGGAAAUUGUCUUCACCAGAGCAGAAAAUGUCCUGGGAUGAGUGGAAACAGGCCCUCAGUGAGAUGAAGGUAUCCUGGGAUGGAUGGAAAGAACCUGAGUACAGGAAGCAUUUUCAGGAAUUGGAGGAACUACCCCAGGCUGAAGAGAAGCUAUUUCCAUCUGAGGAAAUACUGGAGGAGGACAAGAGGAAACUGGAAAGGGAUGAGUGGAAACAGGCCUGGGAAAAGAUAAUGUCAUCCAAAUAUAAGGAUGAGGAAGUGUCUCAAGAGGAAGAAGUGACUCAAGAGGAAGAAGUGACCCAAGAGGAAGAAGUAACUCAAGAGGAAGAAGUGAUUCAGGUGGAAGAAAUGCCUCAGUGGGAGGAAGUGAUUCAAGAGGAAGAAAUUAUUCAGGAGGAGGAAGAAGAAAAGGAAAAAGAUCUGUUCAUAGAAGAGCAGAAACAGGCCAGAAUACAGAAGAAACAAGCCCAAGCUGAGAGAAAACAAGCCAAAGAAGAGAGGAAACUAGCAGAAGAAGAAGCAAAACUCGCACAGGAAGAGAGACAACUGGCCCACGAAGAGAGAAAACUGGCCCGUGAAUAUCUGAAAAUGUCCCAGGAAGAUGGGAAAAUAACCCAAGCAGAGAAGAAGUUUGCCCAGGAAGAGGAAAAACUGGCCCAAAAAGGAGAGAUGUUAAGUGAGGAAGCAGAGACAUUGGCCCAGAAAAUAAAAAAAAUGGCCAAGAAGUUGGAGGAACUGGCUAAAGAAGGAGAGAAAUUAGCAAGGAAAGGAGGGAAGCUGGCUGAAGUAAAAGCAAUAUUGACCCAGAAAAUAGAAAAUUUGGCCCAUAUAGAAAAACAUCUGGACAGGCAAGAAAAGCGGCUGGCCCGGGAAUUGGAGGAACUGGAAGGUAACAUGAAGGAAGUGGUUUGGAAAGAAGAAGAACUGAAUCUGGAAGAGGAGACACUGGCUGAGAAAAAGGAGAAACUAACUCAGGAAGAGAAGACAUUGGCCUUGGAAGAAGAAAAACUGGCUAAGGAAGAGAAACAACUGGCCCAGGAAGAAGAGCUACUAAUCCAAGAAGAGGAGAAACUGGCUAAGGGCAAGGAAAAAAUGCCUGGGGAAGAGAAAAGACUGGCCCAGAUUAGAGAGAAAUUGAUUGAGAAAAAGGAGAAACUGGCCCAGCAAAGGGAAAAAUGGGUCCAAAAGAAGGAGGAACUUGGAAAGCAAGAGGACAUAUUGGUCCAGAAAGAGAAGCAUCUGGCUUCGCGUAAGAAGAUUCUGGCUCAAGAUAAGGAAAAAUUGGCUAACAGGAAACUGGACCUCCUCUCUAACAAAGGUAAACUCACUGAGAAAAGAGAGAAAUUACUCCAAGUGAAGAAGAAUUUGGACAUGUAUAAAGAGAAAGUGCUUCAGAUAGAGGAGAAGCUGGUACAGGACAAGGAGAUAUUAAAACAAAAGAAGGAGAAACUGGUUAAUGCAGAGAAAGAACUGAUGCAAGAAGAAAAAAGUCUGCUUCAGCAACAGGAGAAUUUGGGCCAUGAAAAAAUUAAAUUAACUAUGGAGAAGAGGGCAUUUUUCCAUGAAGGGAGACGUCUCAGAGGAGAGUUGGAUAUUGCUAGGGAAGGAAAGGCAUUGAAUGUGGAAAUGAAGAAACUGACUCAAGAGAAGAUGAAACUGGCUGAGGUGAAGGAAGCUGUUCUCAAGGGAGAGAUUAAGGAAACUCCAAGACAGAAAAAAAUGACUAAAGAAGAAUUUGAACUAGUUAAGAGGAAAUUGUCACUAGAGGAGAAGAUACUGGUACAUGAAGAUAUGAUGUUGGCCACAGAGGAAAGGGACGUUGCCAAAGGGAAACUAGAACGUACCAGAGGACAGAGAGUACAUGCUCAGGAAGAAAGGAAGGUAAUUAGAACAAUAAUGAAGUUGGCUAAACAAAAGGAAAACCUUUCCAAGGAGCCAACAAAAGUGAACAAAAUCUUAAAAGCACUUCAAAGGCUAAUCAGUGAUGAAAGGAAAAUAACCCAGGAAGAAAUAGAGAUGACAAAGAAGAAGAAGACACUCUUUGUUAAGGAAAGAAAAUUGUCCCAGGAACAGAGUAGACUUGAUACCAAAGAGUGGGAUGUUUCUCAGGACCAGUCAGAAAUGACUAAAGAUGAGAAGAAACUAGCUCAGAGGCAGAGACGACUAGCCAAGGAAAUUCAAAGAAUGACAAACAGAGAGGAAAAAAUGAUUCAGGAAGAAAACAAAUUGUUCAAGAAACAUAAUAUCAUACAGGAUGAAGAAGAGGAAGAAGUGCAGGAGGAAGAAGAGAUCAUCCCCUUCCUUAAACAAAGGUGGAGAAAAAGAAAACAGAAAAAGAGCAUUGAUGAUACGUUUGUAAGUCAAUUGGAUAAAGUGGACAGUGAAGAGUACUUUUCUGACGAAAAAGAACUGUUAGAGGAACUAGAGAAAGACAGUUUGUCUGAGGAGCAGGAAGAGGAGGAAGAGGAGGAGGAGGAGGAAGAGGAGGAAGCGGUGGAAGAAGAAGAGGAGGAAGAGGAGGAAGAGGAGGAGGGAAAGAAGAGGAAGAAGAAGAAGGAGGAGGAGGAGAGAAAGAAGAAGAAGAAGAAAAAGAAGGAGGAAGAGGAGGAGGAGGAAAAGGAGGGGGAGAAGAGGAAGAAGAAGAAAAUAGGGCAGAAGGCGGACAUCUUUGAGGAAAAGGAAGAAAGCAUGAGUGAAGAAGACAUGGAAAGUUUGAGUGAGGAGGAGAGCAGCUCACUGGAAGAAGAAGUGGACCAGGAAAAAGGGAUCCUAAAAAAAGAAAAACUAUUUAAGCUACAAGAAAGAAUAAAGAGCCUAAGAGGAAGGGAAAUGGUCCCUUUCAUUGGAAAGGAAGUCCCUCGUGUUAUAGGCAGUGCUAUGAAACUGGGAGCUAUAAAAAGCCCUUUAAAGAAACUUAUCUCCGUGUCUCUGGAGAUGGAAAAGAAGACACCAAUGCCAGAUUCAACACGGGUGCCAGUGAAAGAAAUAUCCUUGGAAGAUAAGCCUAUACUACUUGAGAUGUCCAGGAAAUUUCCAGGGGCAAGAUUUGUGGAUAAAGAAGGAGAACUGUUGGAGAAAUUUAAGUCCCUAGCUCUAAAUAUUUCAGACAUAGCUUUGGAGUCCCAGGAACAGGACUUAAAGACCCCAUUCAUGUCCCAAAUAUACAGAAAGACCAUGGAAGCCCAGAAAUUCCAACACAAACCACCACCUUCUCAGUGGAAGUUGUUUUUUCAGCCUCAUCCAUCUCCAAAGGAAAAAACUGAGGUGCAAUUACCUCUCCCCCAAAUCCUGGCUGAGGAAAAACAUCCUGACGUAAACCUCUCAGAUAUAAAGCAGAUCCAUAAUAUUCUACAACGGAUGGAAGCAGGAGAACAGCUUCCUAGAGAGAGUUUCCACAGAGUGUGCCAGGUCCUUAAAGAUCUCACCUCAAAGGGAAACUUAGAUUGGCUGCAUGUGGCCAAACUUGAAGCCAUUGUGAACCGUCACAGGCAGGCCCUGAAAUCUCAAAGUACAAGGAUCUCAGGACCCAGGAAGGAGCUCAUGGGUCCAAAAUACCUGAAAGUGAUUCCUCCUAUAAAAGGAAAGGGAAAAGUCAGCUGGCUAAAACCUUCAGCUGUCCCCACUUUAAAGUCUCCAUUAGCUAUCAAGAAGAUUCCAGACCCAAAGGCUAUAAACUGGGAUCUUCUCAGAGAGCCUUACAGAAGUGAGCGGGCACAGCAGAUAUCCACUGCUCUCAAAGAGAUGGAAACACAAUACUUUUAUCCUGCCACGAGAGACAUGAUUCCAAGUGCCCAUGCCUCUGUGGAAAAACAAACCUUAGCACUGAUGUUUCAAAAGGACUUCUGGGAUUUUAAGGCUAAAGGCCAGUUUGCCAGAUUGCCUAAGUUAGAGAAGAAGAUACAGCCUAUCUCUAAAAAAGAGGAAGGGGUGCCUCCGUGGGAGACAUUUGUAGCACUGUACCAUGUUUUGCGGAUGCUGCAGAAGCGAUAUGGAAAGGACAAAGCUGGUUGGAUGAAACAGUUCAACAGAGUUGUGGACUUAUACCAACUUAAGUCCCCCCGAAUCCAGAGGCUGCUACAGGAGCUGCUAAUGAGAGAGGAACGCCAACCCCAAGAGAUUAUCUACAAAGAGGCUCCAAAGGCCACAGAGCUAGCUCCAGGGGAGCGGUUGUUCUACUGCCUGUUUUGUGGCAGCUCUACCACCCCUAGAGGCCCUAAGAUAUUCCAGGAGGUGGUGCCCCUCCCUGGGAAGAACAACGUGCGCACCAUCCUGCCCAUGGGCAUUGCCAAGUAUGGGAUCUUAGAACUUGCCUGGAAAAGCCUGCCUCAAGCUGACGUUCAUCUAACCGAGGAACUGCACUACACCUUCUAA